AUGGCUUUAAUGUUCCAUUCCGGUCUUUCAAAAGACCUUUCCUUAAUAUUAAAUGAUUCUGAUGAUUUUAACGUUAUUAUUCAAGUUGGUGAAAACAGAAAUGCAAAAGAAUUUAAAGCACAUUCAGUUAUAUUACGUGCUCGUUCUCCUUAUUUUAGAAGUGCAUUUUCGAGUGAAUGGAUUACGAUAAAAAAUAACAUGAUCAUAUUUAAUAAACCAAAUAUUUCUCCUACUGUUUUUGAAAUGAUUUUGAAAUAUAUUUAUACGGGUGAACUUAAAUUGAUAAAUAAACCAGGUGAAGAUAUUCUUGGGCUUUUAGUCGCUUCUGAUGAGUUACUUCUUGAAGAAUUAUUUAAUUACUCUCAAAAUUGUUUAUCUUAUUUAAUUAAAGAAAAACAAUCAUGGUUUCAACAAAAUUUCGUUCACGUUCUUAAUACGAUCUCUAAACUUGCAAAUUGUGAAAAAUUGCAAGAAUAUUGUAUUGAAUCAAUUUGUAUGGACUUACAAUCAAUUAUUACUUUAAAAGGUUUUUCCAAAUUAGAAAAAGAUAUUCUUUAUUAUUUACUUGAACGAGAUGACUUGCAAGUUGAAGAAACUGUAAUUUGGGAUUAUUUGAUUAAAUGGGGUAUCGAACAAGCUGAUUUGGAUAACAAUAGAGCCAAUUGGGAUAAUGAGGAUUAUGAAGCGUUAAAGAAAACUUUGAUUCGAUUAAUUCCUCUUAUUCGAUUUAUAGAAUUUAAUCCUUCCGAAUUUUUUGAUAAAGUUUAUCCUUAUAAGCCAAUUUUUCCCAAACAUAUUUAUGAUGAUGUUGUAAGUUCUUUUAAAAAAGGUGGGACGUUAUCGACAAAUAUUCCAUAUUUAUCACAUAGAAAAAUAAAAAUUAAAUCAAAAAUCAUCAAACCAGGACUUGCAAAUAUAAUUAAUAAUUGGAUCAAUAAAAAAAGUGCAAAAUUUGUUCAUAUUAUUAAAGAUGAUCCAUUAUAUAAUUUACAAAAAUUUGAUCUUAUUUAUCGUGGUAGUCGUGAUGGGAUUAGUAAUGAUUCAUUUAAAGAAAAAUGUAAAGGUCAAGUAGCAAGUUUAGUUUUAAUUAAAAUUAAAAAUUCGGAAAAGAUUUUUGGUGGUUAUAGUUCUAUUGGUUUUAAUACCAUUAGUAAUGAUCUUUUAAAUUUUAGUUAUAAUGAUAAAUUUUUAUUUUAUUAUUCAACUGAUAAUUUUAUUUUUUCUUUUGAAAAUAGUGAAGAUACUAGUAAUAUGAAAAUGAGUCGUGUAAUAAAUUAUUCUAAAGCUGUAUUGGAUUAUGAUCAUUCUGGUUUUAAUUUCGGUCGAGGUUCUUUAUUUAUGAAAGAUCAAAAAUUAUAUGUUAAUAAUUGUUAUGAAAAUUAUGAAAAUAAUUUACAAAUAUAUGAUUGGUUUAAUAUUGAAGAAAUUGAAACAUUUAUUGUAACAUAA